AUGAAGCUCGCUUUAUUCAGCGCCAAGCCGUAUGACAAGAAGUACUUCGACGCCGCCCGCGCCGCGAGACAGCAGACCAAUAUCGACGUCACCUAUCAUGAGGCAUCUCUAAACGACGGCACAGUCGCUUUGGCUGAAGGGGCCGAUGCCAUAUGCGUGUUUGUUAACGACUCAGUGGGCAGCUCCGUCAUCGAUCAGCUGGCCAGUCAUGGAAUCAAGGCGAUUCUCUUGCGAUGCGCCGGCUUCAACAAUGUGGACCUCGCCGCCGCCGAGAAGCAUGGCAUCGCCGUCGCCAAUGUGCCGUCAUAUUCACCGGAGGCCGUUGCUGAAUUUGCAGUGGCCCUCAUUCAAACAUUGAACCGCAACACUCACCGUGCAUACAACCGCGUUCGAGAAGGCAACUUUGCUCUCGACGGACUGUUGGGCCAUACGCUCCACGGCAAGACGGUGGGCAUUGUGGGAACAGGCAAGAUUGGCAUCGCCACUGCUCGUAUUAUGAAGGGUUUCGGUUGCAAAGUCAUUGCCUACGAUCCAUUUCCAUCCCCAGAGUUCAAGGAAAUCGGCGAAUACAAGGCUCUUGACGUGCUGCUGCCGGAAUGCGACAUUAUCAGCCUGCAUUGCCCGUUGACGGACUCUACCCGCCAUAUUAUCAAUGAAGAGAGCCUCGGCAAGAUGAAGGAUGGGGUGGUGUUGGUGAAUACGUCUAGAGGCGGUCUCAUCGACACGAAAUCGGUCAUCAAGGCCCUGAAGAAUAAACGUCUCGGGGGGCUGGCCCUGGACGUGUACGAGGGCGAAGGGUCGCUGUUUUACAACGACCACUCAGGGGAGAUUAUACACGAUGACGUUUUGAUGCGGUUGACCACGUUCCACAAUGUAUUGGUGUGUGGGCACCAGGCCUUCUUCACCGUUGAAGCGUUGACGGAGAUUGCGGAUUGCACGUUUCGAAAUAUUGAAGAGUUUGUCAAGGAUGGGACUUGUAAGAACUUGCUGACCAAGAGAUCGGUGUUAAACAGGUCUCCCUCUCUACCCGUCAGAAAUGUGUAG